AUGCUGCAAAUUGCAGCUUGCAGUCGCCCCACUCCUCCCAAGUCAACAAUAGCAGUCGCCCCCACCUCUAGACAACUUCCCCAAUUCCUGCGACCUCACCUAACUUCCCCCGAUUCCUGUAAGGCUGCAAGCUGGCAGCAAUCGCCGGCCUCCUUUAAAGCCCUCAACCUCACCCUCUGCAAAAGGGGACGGAACCUAGAAGAGAAUAGGAUCCAAGACAGCCACCCCUGUUAUUGUAAUUUCUGCGACAUCACUCCUACUACUCGCAAUUUCUGCAGCACCACCUUAUCCCACAAACUCCCGUCAACAAUGGCAGCACCCCCAUUUGCUAGCCUCCCUGCACGACCUCGAUUUGUCCUGCAAUUACCACCCACCAGCGGCCACCCUCGCUACCGCAAUUUCUGCGACAUCACCCCACGACUUCCCUACUUCCG